UUUUCAGUCUUCAAAAGUUCCUGGGUUUGAGGUAGGAAGGUGAGAAAGCAGAUUUUUACUGAUUGAAAAAAAUGUACUUUAAAAUGAACCAAAGGGGCCAGAAAGCGCUGGGACUGGAGCCCCAAGAGCUCAGGCACUGGGCUCAGAGGCUCUACUUUAUACCAGGAGGCUGGGCAGGAGAAAGCCUAAUUACACAGGGCUGGGCUGCUUCUGACACACACCUGCAGGCUCAGGUCUUGCAAUGCUGCUCCUACUCUUGCUAUGCCUCCUGCUCCUCGCUCUGGCCCUUCACAGCAAGGGAUCAAGGAACCCUCGGUGCCAGCUGCCCCCUGGCCCCACACCCCUACCAUUGCUUGGAAACCUACUACAGCUUGGUCCUUCGAGUUUGGACAAACGACUCAUGAAGCUGAGCAAGAGCUUUGGAUCCGUGUUCACAGUGUACUUGGGCCCACAGCCAGCCGUGGUGCUGAGUGGAGCCAGCACUCUCAGGGAAGCUCUGCUUCUGCAGGCAGACGCCUUUAGUGGGCGCGGUGGCAUGGCCUCUUUUGACCGCUGCACCCAAGGCAAAGGAAUUGUAUUCUCCAAUGGCCACCUUUGGCACACACUCCGAACCUUUACUGUGGGAUCACUGAAAAAGCUGGGGAUAGGGAGCCGGAGCAUUGCCGAACGGAUCCAAGAGGAGGCAGCUGCCCUCAUUCAGGAGCUCAGCCUCAUCCAAGGAGCCUCAUUUAACCCCCUCUACCACAUUCACAAUGCUGUAGCCAACGUCAUCUGCUCUGUAGUGUUCGGGCAGCGAUAUGCUUAUGAUGACCCAGAUUUCCGGAUUCUACUGAACUUGUUGAAUGAUAACUUCCAAAUCCUGAGUUCCCAAUGGGGCCAGAUGUACAACAUUUUCCCCUCCUUCCUGGACUGGAUUCCUGGCCCCCACCACCGCAUCUUCAGUAAUUUCAACAAGUUACAGGCUUUCAUUUCCAAGGAGAUCAAGAAACAUGAGGAGAACAGACAGCCUGAAGAGCCUCAAAACUUCAUUGAUUGCUUCCUGGACCAAAUGGACAAGGCAAAGCAGGAUCCCAGGAGUCAUUUCUACAUGGAGACACUGGUGAUGACAACACAUAACCUAUUCUUUGGUGGCACGGAGACCACAAGCACCACCAUCCAUUAUGGACUCCUGAUCUUACUCAAAUAUCCCAAUGUGACAGGACUGCUCCAGACUGGUGCCCUGUGGUGUGCAGUCUCUACCAGGCACACAGCUUUGCAUCAGCAUUCUCCCUCAACCAGGAAAGUCUCAUGCAAAAUACUCCAGGCUUGGCUAGAAACCCAGAUUACAUAAAUGUUCAUUCUGACCCCUUUCAUUGGACUGAUGGAGAAGUGGACCCACAAAGUGAAGUGAUUUGCCCUCAGUCACAGAGUUGGAAGAUGGCAGAUAAGACAGAGAGAAGCUUGAAGAAUCUGAGAAAGAAGAUGGGAAGGGAUUCCAAGGAAGGGGCAGAUAGGAGGUGUCACUGAUAGCUGCUUCCUGGUGUCCACAGGAAAGCGCAUCUGCCUCGGGGCAGACCUGGCUCACGUGGAGAUCUUCCUCUUCCUCACCACCAUUCUGCAGCGUUUCACCCUGUGUACUGUGAAG